GUGAGCGCGCGCGCGCGCCUGCCUGCCAGCGUCCUCACUUCUAAAGACAAAUCCACCGGGCGGCAAUUCCGCUCCUUCAGGGAAUACCUGUUGGCCCGGGCUCUGAGCCAAGGUGUUAUUGGGGACCUGGUUGCGUGUGGGUCUGUGGCGGGCUGCCCUCGCUGAUUUUGGAUGCUGGCGCCUUGCUGUUGUUAGCACUGCAACCGCUGCUAGUGUCUUCUUCGGCUCCCGCAGUCCCAGCUGCUUCUCCUGCCUAGUGGAGAACAGGUGCCUCACCUCUGGACUUGGCGCCCCAGUUGCCCGACUCCCAGGAGCCUGGGGAAUCUUCUUAGGGCUUGCUCCUGUACUCUGGGUUCAUGCCCUGCAGGGAAAUAGGAAAUACUAUUGACUGACUGUUGUGGGGCAGUGGGAAGGUUAGCAAAGCAGAGGGCUGGAGGGGGUAGGGAGCGCUGAAGGGCUAGAAGGAAAGGGCGGAAGCUUCACACCUGUCAGAUCCAAGCAAGCCCUCUCUGCACUUGCAUCAAGAAAGCUGAGUCCCGGUCUUGUCAAGCUAGGUGAUCGGAGCCGCAGAGAGGAAACAGGGGGUGUGCACAGACUCCCCCAACAACGGACUCACUUCCCCUCUUUUCCUUUACUCAGAUUAUCACCUCGCUGCUUCCCUCCUUGGCUCCUCACUAUCUCUCGGUUCAGGAUUUUUCUGCAGCAUUUCUCGCACCCAGCUCCAUCUAUCUGGAAAGCAACGUUAGUUAAACCAUGGCUCCUAAACUGCUGGUGCUCUUCUGCCUCCUCUCCGGCCUCCACGCACGGUCUAGAAAGAUUGAAGAUGAUGAGUAUGAAGAUCUGUCUUAUAAUCAGAAGUGGGUCCUUGCUCCAAAAACUCAAGACACCGAUGUGACUCUUAUACUCAACAAGUUACUAAGAGAAUAUGACAAAAAGCUGAGGCCAGAUAUUGGACUCAAACCAACAGUUAUUGAUGUUGACAUUUAUGUUAACAGCAUUGGACCUGUAUCAUCAAUAAAUAUGGAAUACCAAAUUGACAUAUUUUUUGCUCAGACUUGGACAGACAGUCGCCUUCGAUUCAAUAGCACAAUGAAAAUACUAACUCUGAACAGCAAUAUGGUUGGGUUAAUCUGGAUUCCAGAUACCAUCUUCCGGAACUCGAAAACUGCAGAAGCUCACUGGAUUACCACUCCUAACCAACUCCUUAGAAUAUGGAAUGAUGGGAAAAUAUUGUAUACUUUAAGGCUUACCAUCAAUGCGGAAUGCCAGUUGCAGCUUCAUAAUUUUCCAAUGGAUGAACAUUCGUGUCCACUGAUAUUCUCCAGCUAUGGCUACCCUAAGGAAGAAAUGAUUUAUAGAUGGAGGAAAAAUUCAGUGGAGGCUGCUGAUCAGAAAUCAUGGCGACUUUAUCAGUUUGACUUCAUGGGUCUCAGGAACACAUCUGAAAUUGUGAAAACUUCUGCUGGUGAUUAUGUAGUCAUGACUAUUUAUUUUGAUUUGAGCAGAAGAAUGGGCUACUUCACUAUUCAGACAUAUAUUCCUUGUAUACUAACAGUCGUUUUAUCCUGGGUGUCUUUUUGGAUUAAAAAAGAUGCCACACCAGCAAGAACAGCCUUAGGGAUCACUACCGUAUUGACUAUGACAACUCUGAGUACCAUAGCACGGAAGUCCUUACCUCGAGUGUCCUACGUCACUGCCAUGGACCUGUUUGUGACUGUGUGCUUUUUAUUUGUCUUCGCGGCUCUGAUGGAAUAUGCUACUCUUAACUACUAUUCAAGCUGCAGGAAACCAAACUGUGCCAAGAAGAAAAAGUCGUUAAUGCACUCAGAGACAACUGAAUGGGUCCAUGAAAGAAUACGCACACACACCCACAGCAACUAUUCUGUCCUGGAUAUGAGACCACCUCCUACAGUGAUCCCUCUGAAUAAUUCCAUGUACUGGCAGGAAUUUGAAGAUACGUGUGUCUAUGAGUGUUUGGAUGGCAAAGACUGUCAAAGCUUCUUCUGCUGCUAUGAAGAAUGUAAAUCAGGCUCCUGGCGGAAAGGACGGAUUCACAUAGAUAUCUCAGAGCUGGACUCAUAUUCCCGAGUCUUUUUCCCAACCUCUUUCCUUCUCUUUAACUUGGUCUACUGGGUUGGAUACCUCUAUCUUUAAAUAUAAACAGUAACAGUGAAGACUGAAGUGGUUUUCACACUUUUUCCUUUCUUCAACAUUGGCAAAUAUUUAGUAGCAAAGGAGGACACUGGUCAGUUUCAUAUCUAUUAUAAAAACUUAUUAUCUAUGAUUAUUAAAGGAUCUCACCAAGGUUUUA